AUGUCGCACACCAUCCGUAGCACCCGGGGCUGGCGCCUCCCCUUCCUUUCGCUUCUCCUUGGCGCCACCGUCACGGCGCUGACCCUGACCCUGACCGCCGCCCCGGCGGAUGCUCAGUUCGUCCCGCCUCCCGCCGCAUCCUCUUUCACGCACGCCACUGGCCACGCUGCUGUGCCCGUCAAGUAUCGCUCCGUCCCGACCGGCCCGGGUGAGGUAUGCGAGCAGACCCCCGGUGUCAAGUCGUACGCAGGCUACGCCGAGGUCGAGAAGGGCGAGUUCAUUUUCUGGUGGUUCUUCGAGGCGCGCAAGACCGAUCCACGUAAAGCCGAACUAACUAGCUGGAUCAAUGGCGGGCCCGGCAGUAGCAGCAUGAUCGGCCUCUUCCAGGAACUGGGACCCUGCGGCGUCGAUUCGGAGGGAAAGGUGACGCACAACCCGUACGCCUGGAAUGAACACUCUAACCUGCUCAUCAUCGAUCAGCCCAUCUCGACCGGCUUCUCCUACUCGCAGCCGUCGAACGGCUACGUCUCGUCCAGCGGGCACAUUGUCAACCUCGGCCCCUCGUCGGACACGUCAAUCGAGUGCCCGUCGUACGUCACCGACGCCGGCCUGCAGUGCGGCACCUUCUCCUCCUCCUCGGUACGCAGCACGGUCAACUCAACCCAGGCAGCCGCGCCCAACUUUUGGAAGACGCUGCAGGGCUUUAUGGGCGCGUUCCCCCAGUACUCGCGCAAGGGUUUCCACUUUGCGACCGAGAGUUAUGGCGGGCACUAUGGCCCCGUGUUCAACGAGUACAUUGAGAAUCAAAACGCUAAGAUUGCCAACGGGGAGCUCAGCGACGCCAAGCAGAUCCAGCUGCAGACGGUCAUCCUCGGCAACCCGUGGGUGAACCCUAAAACGCAGUACGAGGCGUACUACGAGUACGCCAUCGACAACUACUAUGACAUCCACCCAUACAACGCGUCGAUCCGCGCGCAGGUUCACAACAACCUCUACGGCCCAGGCAACUGCGUCGACCAGCUUGACGACUGCGCCUCGAGCGGGAUCGAUAGCGUCUGCUCCACUGCCGACACAUUCUGCGCGACUGAGGUCGAAGAGUUCCUCGACAUUAUCUCCGGGCGCGACGAAUACGACAUGCGCGAGCUGCAGCCGGACCCCUUCCCGCCGACGUUCUACGUAGACUACCUAAACUCUCCUAAAGUCCAGGAGGCUAUCGGCGCGUAUACUAACUUCUCCGAGAGCAGCAUCACAGUCGGCAACACUUUCUCGACGACCGGCGAUGACGCUCGCGAGGAGGGAACCGUGCAGGACAUUCGCAAGCUGCUCGACAAAGGUAUCUACGUCGUCAUCCAGGUCGGAGAUGCGGACUACAAUUGCAACAUCCACGGCAACCUGCGCGUCGCCGAGCAGAUCGCUGCGCCGGGCUACUCGAGCGCGGGCUUCACCAACAUAAGCACGACGACGUCACACGAUGACGCCGUACAUGGACAAGUGCGCCAGUCUUCCGCUUUUGCCUUUAUCCGCUGGUACUACUCAGGCCACGAGGUGCCAUUCUACCAGCCACGCCCGAGUCUACAGGUUUUCAACCGCGCCAUACGCGGACUCGACGUCGCGACGGGUAAACAGCGCGUCGUCGGCGAAGGCAGCGUCAAAGGCUACAAGACCCACGGCCCCAAGACCAGCACUUUCAAGGAGGGAAGCGCCACCGUCCAGAACCACGUCCUCCCUCCCGACGCCACGUACAACACAACCACCGGCGCGCCGAACGCGUACAAGGGGCAAGCGCAAUCUGCCGCAGCUGCUGCUAAGCGGAAGAGUAGCAGCAGGGCUAGUAGCAGGCACGCCACCACCUUCUCGUCAUCAUCAUCGUCAAGGAAGCAGCAUGGCCGCAGCGCCGCCAAGAGCGAACAUCUCCGUCGGGGAGUGGCGCUCGGCGCGCGCUUCGGUGGCUCUGCCCGCAAGCAGCAGGUGCUGAGCCCGUGA